AAGGCGUAAGGAGAACCCGUCCUGUCUCAGAGGUCAUGAUAAAACUGGACUAACACUCAGAGCACUUUCACUAGUGGUCGCGCGCCCGACAACUGCGCCUGCUCCGCACACUGCUUGCCGGACUUGUAACUUCUGUCUCCAUAACUUGUAGCUUGUAACUUAUAGUGACACGGAGUUCCAUGUGCGCGAACCGUCGUCUCUGGACUUGACUUGUGAUUGACUGUGAUAAGGGGACAAAAUGGUGAUCCCCGCAACCUUGGGGCUGCUGGUCACAUGUUUCAUCAUUCAUGUGGCAGCUGGGGAAUGUCCUGGAGAGAAGCCCACCAAACAUCUACUCUGCUACCUGGAAGAGAUUCCUGCCCGGUUCGAUCCCUGCCUAUGUACUCAUAUCGUGCUGCAGACGUCACUGGAGAAGCUUACGCCACAGUCGGAGCUCGUGAAGGCUGCUCACCGUUUACAAGAAACCAACCCUUCGCUGAAGCUGAUCCUCCAAGCCUCAGAGUCGGCUGAAGUAGCCCUCAAGAGACGAGGAGGCUACGCUCGAGCCGUCUCUGGAGCUGUGAGCAAGUGCGGACUGGACGGUGUGGAAGUGGCACUGCGCUGGGGAAAACAGACCGCCGGGAAGGUCCAGCUGGCAGACUUCGUUCAGACCUUAUCCAAAGAAUUCGAUAAGCUCGAGCCCAAAGAGAGAUCUAAGAGAUCGUACAAGAUACACGAGAACAUCGCCGACGACGUUGUGACUCCGAGAUGGACUCCCCAGGGCAACAGCAAAAAAAUCGUAAGGAAGGCCAGGGAAGUGGAAUCCUCCGAAAAUUCGGAAAAGUCAACAGUGACAGACGACGAGACAACCGAGGUCCAGCGAGAGACGUCUUCCAGUCAGGAGAUCAUCGAAGAGGAAGAAAUUCCUGAGAAUGGAAAACAAAUCAUCCUACACCUCACAUCUGAACCACAAUAUCUGGCUAAAAACUUUGACCUCAAACGACUUUCCAAGUACGUGUCGUUGUACACUCUGGCCAGUGACAAUCUGACAGAUUCCUCGGAGCGCGGACUUGCCUACCAUCCCAGCAGACUCAUGGGCAUAGAAGACAUCCUCAAUGCGGAUUCUCUCGUGGACCUGGUAACUGGACUUGGCGCUCCUCAUGACAAAUUGGUGCUGACAUUGCCUGCCACUGCACUCAAGUUUACGCUCGCUGACAAGGAGAAAAAUCUACCGCAGUCCCCUGUUACUGGAGAGCCUGUCAAGAUCUCCAGGGCUGAGCUUUGUACACUGAUGGCGGAAGGAGAGUGGACUGUGGAAAGGGAUGAAGAUUUAACUGCCCCUUAUGCUUUCCACGAUACCAACUGGCUAGCUUUCGACGACCCUACCUCGGUGUCCAUUAAGGGCAAGUACAUCCUGCUGAGGGACUUGGCUGGUGCAGCGGUGCGUUCUGCUGACGCCGAAGACUGGAUGGCCAAAUGUAACUCUACUGGACCCGUCCUACUGCAGACUCUCCACGACACUUUCACUCACAUUGCUCGGAAGUCGAGGGCCGCCCAGCUGGUCAGUCUUCAGGAACAACUGCAUGAGGCCGGGCAGUUCUCUUACUCUGGCGAUGUCCAUCUGUCCCCUUACCGAAUUGUACGAGUGGUGGACCGUGCCGGCUCCAUCCAUGUGGUCAGAAAAGAGGCCAAGACAGAGUUCGAGUGCUCCAGGCAGGGAUAUUUCAGGCAUCCCAGUGGCUGUAACAGAUUCUACCGUUGCGUCAAGUUCAACCAGUAUACCCCCGACUUCACCGUGUUUGAGUACGACUGUCCCGCUGGUCUCGCCUUUGACGAGACUGUGGAAGUAUGUGUCUGGCCUGGAUCUCUCGCCGAUGGAGGUGCCUGUCAGGGCUCCAGUGAGAUAGCUCCAGUUCCGCGAAGCCGCUACGUCUGCCCUCAAGUCGCCGGGUACUACGCCGACCCCGAGAACUGCCGCUGGUUCUUCGCCUGUCUGGACCACCAGGGAGACGGUUCUCCCCUCACCGCCUACGAGUUCCGCUGUCCUUUCGGUCUCGUGUUUGACGAGCAAGCGCUGGUGUGCAACUGGCCGUGGCUGGUCCCCGGAUGUGGUGGUGCUGGAGUCUACAGGGCGAGGUUCACUGUCGGAGACUUCUAUGAGGGUAGGCACAGACCGAGCUACGCAUCUCUGUCUGACGUACAUGUAUCUGGAGGUCGUAUCGAGAACGUCGCAGGAGGAGUUGUCUUAGACUCUGCAAUUCGCGGUAUAGGAUCUGGAGCUUACCUUGGAUCCGGAGGAUCAUACGAUGGAAGUAACAUACUCGGUGCAGGAGCGUACUCAGGCACAGCUGGAGGAGCCUACGGUGGCGUGGUUGGAGGUGGAGGCGUUGGAUCUGGAAGUGGUGCCUAUGUAGCUGGAGGUGCAGGACCUGCUUUCGUUUCUGAGUUGGGAGCUGGAGGUCUUGCGAGUGGAACAUAUCAGUCCAACACUGUCGUUGGAUCCGGCACUGGUUCUGGACAUUCUUCGGGAUCAACUGAUGGAGCUUAUUUAGUUGGAGGGUCCGGAGGAUCUGGUUAUUCUGCUGGAAGUGGCGCUUAUAGUGCCGGUGCUGGAAAUGCCGGAACAGUUUAUACUUCUGGAGGUAACGCUGGAGUAUACAGUGCCGGAGCUGGAAAUGCUGGAACCGUUUAUACUUCUGGUAGUAACGCUGGAGCAUACAGUGCCGGAGCUGGAAAUGCUGGAACCGUUUAUACUUCUGGAGGUAACGCUGGAGCAUACAGUGCCGGAGCUGGAAAUGCUGGAACCGUUUAUACUUCUGGAGGUAACGCUGGAGUAUACAGUGCCGGAGCUGGAAAUGCUGGAACCGUUUAUACUUCUGGAGGUAACGCUGGAGCAUACAGUGCCGGAGCUGGAAAUGCUGGAACCGUUUAUACAUCUGGAGGUAGCGCUGGAACGUACAGUACCGGUACUGGAAAUGCUGGAACAGUUUAUUCUGAUGGAAGUAACGCUGGAACGUACAACGCACAGAAUGGAAAGUACUCAGGAAGUUAUUCAGGAGCUGGAGGCUACAGAGGAGGUAUAUACAAUGCCGGAAGUUCAGGAUCAUCUAGUACUAGAUAUGGCGGAGCUGGAUUCUACGGGUCUUAUGGAAACGGUGCGUAUAUCAGCGGAGGAGAUUAUGCAGGUGCUUACAUAGAGGACAACUCGGGUGCCUACAUUCAUGACAACUCUGGUGAUUACAUUCACGACAACUCAGGUGAUUAUCGUGGUGACCUUUCGGGUCUCUACACUGGAAAGGAGUCAUACGGAGGACAGUACACAGGAAACUAUGUUGGAGGUGGUGCAUACAUUCAUGGAAUUUACGACAAUGGAGCGUACUCAGGAUCAUCAUCAUCAGGAGGGAAAUAUAAAGGAAAUUAUGUGGGAGGUGGAGAAUAUUCUGGAACAUAUGACACCGGAGCGUAUCGUGGUAGUGGGUCAACAGGAGGGCAAUAUAAGGGAGAAUACGAUGCUGGUUCAUACUCCGGUAAGUAUGAUACAGGGUCAUAUUCAGGUAAAUAUGACACUGGAGCUUACUCAGGUAAAUAUGACGGAGGGUCAUAUUCAGGACAAUAUGAUGGUGGUGCGUAUUCUGGGAAGUACGAUGGGGGAGCUUAUACAGGUGAAUCAGAUUCUGGAGCAUAUCAUGGCGAAAGUUAUUAUUCUGGAGGUGCUAGCUAUCAAGGAGGAUACGGUGCGAAGGUAAAGACAGUUCCAACAACUGUAGUUACUGAUGGUGGAUAUGGAACCCAUGAGAUAAAUAAUUUGAACAUUGUUGAACACAAACCUGCUGUGGGAUUAGUUGGUCUUGAUGCCGUCAGGGUUUCUGGAGGAGAUUCUCUCUCUGGAGGUUAUGUGAGCAGUUACGUCACUCCAGCCCCCCUUCCAGCUGUAUCUGUGACUCCUGCUGCCCCAGUAGUCUCAAGCUACUCCACUGUUACCCCUGCUCCCAUAUCUGUAUCAACUUACACAGCGUCAACUCGUCAACCAACAACUCCAAGACCAGUGACUUACUAUCCUCUACCGUCAAGUCCAGUGACACCAGUUCCUUCAAAGCCUCUGAUCUCAUAUUCAACUGUGAAACCUCCAGUCUUUGUAGAAACCUACAAGCAACCCUCGUAUGUAAAGACUGUCACUCCUGCACCUGCCGUAUACACUCCAACUGUCGGCGUCAUCAAGACCCCCGUAGUCCCUGUGAGUCCCGUCACUUACACUUAUAAACAGCCGGUUGUGAAGAGCGAAUUCAUCUCUACUGGCUACCAAUACAGCACCCCAACACCCUUUAGCGGCGUCUCCUACGAGCGGCCUUCUUUUGUGAAGACGGUUACACCACCACCAGCAACUUAUGUCCAACCCGUCGAAGUCAAAUAUUCUUAUCCUAAACCGGCAGUCUUCAAAACUCCAAUUGUUCCUCUAAACCCUAUCCAGUACUCCACACCUGCUCCCAUUGAGUACCCUGUUGCUCCACUUAAACCCGUUUCGUACGCUACACCCGCACCUAUUCCUCAAAUCAAGACUUCAUAUACUCCAGCAGUCUUUAAGACUCCAGUAGUGCCUUUAAAUCCUGUCCAGUACUCAACUCCAGCACCAGUUCUGUUUGAACACUCCACACCUUCAGUGAACACCAUAUCUUAUUCCUCUUCAUAUUCAACGCCAGCGCCUCCUGUGUACCAAACCCCAGCUCCUAUUAGACCUUUAAGGCCAAUAACUUACACUACUCCCGCCCCUCCGGUCAGUUUUGAGUAUUCCACUCCAGCUCCUCCAGUUGUCAAGCCAAUACUGCCAUUGGUCGCUAAGACACCAGUUGUUCCUCUAAACCCAGUUCAGUACUCUACACCGGCUCCUCCUGUAGUAGACUUUAGCUACUCGGUGGCUGCUCCCAUUCGACCAAUUAAACCUGUAGUCUUCAAGACUCCAGUUGUUCCUUUGCAUCCGGUCCAGUACAGUACCCCAGCUCCUUAUGUCCCAGUGAGGCCUCUAAAACCCAUUACCUACAAAGCCCCUUCUCCAGUGGUCAAUUAUGAAUACCUACCUCCAGCUCCUGUUCAACCCUUGAAACCUUUGAGGCCCAUUACUUACACAACUCCAGCACCAGUUCUGAGCUACGAAUACUCAGCUCCCCUUAAGCCUGUAGUUCCAGCUGUCUUAAAGACCCCAGUGGUUCCUCUUAACCCUAUCCAGUACUCAACUCCUGCACCAGUCCCAGUGAAGCCCUACACCUACACUACACCUGCCCCUGCAUUCAACUACGAGUAUAAUCGACCAGCAUCAAUUCAACCUUUGAAGCCUGUUACUUAUACUGCUCCUGCAAAACCAGUCAGCAUUCCUCUAGCUCCACUUGAGCCCCUGAAACCCCUUAGACCUAUAACAUACUCGACGCCUGCACCAGCUGUUAGCUACGAAUAUCUCCCUCCUGCACCUGUACAGCCACUGAAACCACUUCGACCUAUUACAUACACGACGCCUGCACCUGAUGUGAACUACGAGUAUCUCUCUCCUGCACCUGUAAAACCACUGAAACCACUUCGACCUCUCACAUACACGACGCCUGCACCAGAAGUUAACUACGAGUAUCUCCCUCCUGCACCUGUAAAACCACUGAAACCACUUCGACCUAUCACUUACACAACACCCGCUCCGGUGGUUAGCUACGAGUACUCUACUCCAAUCAAACCUGUAGUUCCAGCGGUUUUCAAAACUCCAGUGGUGCCUCUCAACCCCAUACAGUACACUACGUCAUCGCCAGUUAGUUUUGAAUACUCUACUCCUGCGCCCGUACGUGUUAAACCAUUGAGGCCUGUUACGUAUACCACAGCUGCGCCCUCUAUUCAGUACCUUCCACCAGUAGUUCAGCCUGUACAACCAUUGAAGCCUGUGACGCUGUCAACUCCAGCGCCGUUCUCAUAUGACUUCAAAUAUCAAUCAGUGAAGCCAGUUCCAACAGUAUUCAAAACUCCAGUUGUACCUCUUAAUCCAGUACAGUAUACGCCUGCACCUCCUGUUGUUCAAUAUUCCACACCUGCACCUAUCCAUAGUAUAAGCUACGUGAAGCCAUUGAAACCAGUGACUUACAGCACUCCAGCUCCUCCUGUAAGUUAUGAAUACUCAACCCCUGCACCUUCGCCAGUUCCGGUCACAUUCGAAUACAAGACCCCUUCUUACGUAAAACCAAUCCCGACAGUGUUGAAAACUCCGGUGGUUCCAUUGAACCCCGUCCAGUAUUCAACACCUGCCCCUAUUAUCAACCAGUAUAGUUUCGGGGUGGCCUAUCAGAGACCGGAAAUCCAAUACGAACCUGAAGGCUUUGUGAAGCAAUCUGGAUUUGUCAAGAGUCAGGUCGUCCAAGAAGGCUACAACUAUCGUAAGCCCUCUGUAAAAUUUGUUGAGGGUCCAAAACUCGUAACGACGCCGGCACCAACUGUAACUUACUCGACUACUCCGGAGCCAGUAACUCCUAUUUACAAACAAGUUUACAACUUCGUUAAGGCUCCAAUGGUGUCAGCAUAUGAGAAGGUCCUGAAUGCCAUCAGCUACAGCAGUACCCCUACACCUCUUCCAGCACAACCAGUAACACAAUCCCCCGUAUCCUUUGCUCCAGUCACGGUUGGGCCAUCAUACAGCCGGCCAGCUCUAGUGAAGACGCCGUCGAUUCCUGUCACACCCGUUGCCGUAGUCCCCGAAUACCAGAAAGUCUUGAAUGUUGUAAAGGCCACUACAACACCAGCCCCUCUCUAUGUCAAUCACUAUGCCAACUCUUACGAACAAGAAUUGCUUCCUGUUUCCACACCCAGGCCAGUCAUAUUUAAACAAACACCUGUCCUUACUGAGACCUAUAACAAAGACUAUUCAUAUGAAGAGAACGUUGAUGACUUGUAUGACUCCUUGAAGAGUGAUUUUGGCACCAGACUUACUGGAGAAUAUGAGCAAAAGUAUGUAUACAAUCAGGAAAAUGAACAGGUCCCUCAAGUUAAAUUAGUCACUCCUGCAGUUCCCGUAACAAUUGUAAAAGAGCCCGUAAAGGUUAGAAGGCCAAUAAAGACACACGUUCAACAACCUGUUGUUGCUGUUGGAUACGACGCUGGCAGUUACGAAGGAGGUUCUGUCUAUUCGACCACCCCAGCUCCCGUUUUUGUCAGUUCAUCAGAAGGUGCUUUUGGUGAACAAUUUCACAAGGAGACCGCAUUCACUGGGUACACAGGACAUGCUGGAGAUUCGGUCAGUUUCGAAGAGGUUGUUCAGCCUAUCCCAGUUGUAACGUCAACGACUCAAGCACCCACUGUAAAGGUAACAACAGCUCGUGUAAGUCUACCUGUCGUUCCAGUUCGUCCGGAAGGAGGUUACUACCUACGAAGACAGAAGGUCCGAGUACGCCCAGUCUCUACGACCACUUUCGCUCCUACCUACUCAUACUCUACAACCCCUGUUCCGGCAGUCACGUUUUCUACCACAGGUCACCCAGAUGACGAAGUGGAUGUCGAAGAGGAAGAAGAGGACGUGAAGCUACUCCAAGAGUACAAUGGACAGUAUGGAGGCGUUGUAAGUAAGGGAGGCUACUCGGUAUCCAGUACUGUUGCCAGCAUCCAAGACGGGGAAGCCAUUGUCGGAGUUUUAAAGAAAGGAAGGGUCACCUACGAUGGAAGAAGGACAAAGUCUAAAGUCAUCGUUGUCUCUAAACUGAGCGACUUCAAUCCUCUCCUUGUUGGAAAGCUGGGGGCUGAAUGUAGCUGUGACAGCAAAUCGAACACCGUCACAGUCAGAAACAGGCAGAGAGGAUCUAGCACUCUCUUUACACCAUCCAGGGAUUCUACAAUUCCUGAUCAGCAAUUGGUAGACACUUACCUUACCAGCACCAGCACCUUUGCUCCGGUUGUCGUUGGCGGAUCUUCUUCUUAUGAGUCUUCAUACGAAUCUUCAUCUUACGACUCUCCCGUUGUUGAGAUUAGGCCUUUGAGGAAAAAGGUGAGGGUCUACUCCACCACUACCUCUGUUCCUGAGUAUCCAGAGAACUUUGUUGUUUCUGAAGAACCCACCUUCCUCCCAGCAGGUGCUGACAGGGUCAAGGCGGACUCUGUUCAGUGUAAUCGAGCCGGUCUUUUCCGACACCCCAACAAGUGUAACAAGUUCUACUCCUGCAACUGGGAUCAGUGGAAGAAGAAGUUCACCCUCCAUGAAUUCAAAUGCCCCAUUCAUCUCGCCUACGAUACCAAUCUGGGCGCCUGUAACUGGCCAUCAAAGGGCCCCGCUUGCGCCGAAGACAAUCUCCUUGUGUAGAACAGACUUAAGGACAUUUACAUAUCGAGUCUUAAAAUCAAAGUCGUGAUCAAAUUAGAACUUAGAAACCUACUGCCACAUUCAUAACUAUAGUUUGUUCAUUGAUAACGUUUAAAUACAAAUUUUGCUUCGAUUGUCCAUCGCAUUGUCAAUUAAUUAUUGUAAAGUAAAAGAUAUCUUUCCAAUAUUGUUAUCGCCUCUGUAAUGUAUGUAUAUUGCACAUCGUAUUAGCAUUGAGAAAUUAUUUUAUGUAGUCAUUAUAUGACAAGACCUUAUCAUUAUAAAUUUGCAUUUUCUUUCUUCUAUUUGAUAAAUAUAAAUGGAUAUCGGUCUUUCGCUCUCUUUUUAUUAAGGGUUUUUCUGUCCAAACCGCGUGCCAUUUUUAAUAUAAUAAUUUUUUUAGUUAGUGUUUUUGAAUUGUUGGACUUGAUUCACUUAUAUGAAGAUUACAUUAUAUUGUAUUGAAACAUACCAACACAAGUCUUAUCCAACUGAUGUAUUUCAUGAAAAGGUUGUGCGUAGUGGGUCUUUUAUUAGAAAUGACCCAAUUUAAUUAAAUUUUAUACGCUAAGAGGAUACAAGUCACGUGACAACAAACUGCCAUUCCAUUGCCAUUUUCUAUCUUUAUAUUUUAUAUUUAUGUACAUAUUUAUUAUAACUCAUAUUUUCUUUUCUAAUAUAAGCAAUAUAUUUUUCAAUAAUAGACAGUUUUUCGGUAUAUUUUAAAAUUUUUUAAUGUAUUAUAAUGAUUAAUUUUAAGCGUGAAUGUGUUACAAGUGUUAGUAUAUUAUUUUAGUGAGUAAAUGCGUAAAUGUGAUUGAA